UCAAUCCGACGGUACGAAAAACAAGUCCACUUGUGGCGACAAAUAGGAAAAAGAAAAAAAAAAAAGAAUCCGACCGAGCGUCGCCACCACGCUCCACCAUGAGCCACCCUGAACCUAACAAAACCCUCCUACCAACAGAGUCGUCCGACCUCGAAUCCGGUCUCUCCCUCACCCCCCGGAUUAAACUCAACCUAACAAUCCACCGCGCAGACAAAUCCGUAUCCCCAAUCGACGAGUGGAAGUUCAAGCGUUCAUUUAUCGACUAUCUCAGAAAAUCACACUCGGUAGCUGUUCCGGAAGAAGACAUCAAGGUAUUCAAGUACAGAGACCUGAAAAAGCGGAAGCGCGAGGACCCCGUCGCGCGUGGGAGCUUCAUCGUGGUGGAUUUAGGGUUUCUGUCGAAGAGGCUGCGUCUGAAUGGGGAAGACGCGAUUGGGGAGGAGUUUCUGAAGUGGAGGAAGCAAUUCGCGGCGGAGAUUGAUGGAAUCGAGCUGAAUUUGGAGGGCGUCAAAUUUAGGUUGAACGCUGAGGUUCCAGAAGGGGAUGAUUUUGAAGGCAUGAAGAAAGAGUGGGAGGAGCUUGCCGCGUUUGGAACGAGAGGAUAUUCGAGAAGUGAGAAGCAGCAGCCUGAUACAAUUAUACUGAGAGGCCUUCCUUCAAGGUGGUUUGCCGAGCCUCGAGUUUCGUCAAAACCAUCAAUGCUAGUUACUCACACAAUCUUUUCGGUGUUUGGGAAAAUAAGGAAUCUUGAUGUUAGUGAGGACAAUGACAUAGGUGAGGAUGAGGAUGAAGAUGGCGGGAACCUAGUUACAGGUCUCAAUUGUAAGAUUGUGGUUCAGUUUGAAAGUCACAAGGACUUCUGCAACGCCUUGAAGGUUUUAUCUGGCCGUUCCUUAAAUAAGCAAGGAUCACGCUUAAGGGCUGACUAUGAAGUGACAUGGGACAGAGAUGGGUUCUUUCGGAACAGUAGAAACCGAUCGGAACAAAGUAAAAGAUGGAUGCCGGUAACUGACGUGGGAAAUUAUAGAAAUGAAGCUUCUGGAAGGCAUGCACAAGUCUCUCGAAUUAGCCCCGACGAUGCACGGAGAAAGCGGUUGAAGGAUUGAAGAGAAGUUUGGAUGUCACAGAAGAUUUCAUGGUUGAGCCGAAAUUCUUUAGAAUUGAGGAUUGGGAGUUACAGUGUUGCUCAUGUUCGAAGGAGUACGCUUGAGGAAACCAUGGUUGUUCUUACUGUUCCUAACUUUGACCACGAUUGGUUUUACGUGUUUUGAAUCGCUGGAGUAGACGAAUUGGACAAAGGAGAUUUCCUCGGACCCCAUCUGCAUGUAAAUCUGCUGCUUCUUUUCGUCGAGAUCGGAUAGAAGUGCUGAGAAUUUGUCCAGGCCUCGAUUUGAGUAAGGGUUAAUCUUGCUGCUAUUGCUUAAACUUUUGCUCCUUUUCGAUCUCUUUAAGGUACAGUACUGGUUGUUGUAGUUUUCAUCUUUUUUGUGAUGGCUGAAGCUUCUGCUGCCACAGAUGAACAUUUGUGCAAUUUUAUCGUUCGGUAGUGUAAUUCUCGGAAUUUUGUCUGUUUGGGGUUUAUUUUGUUUUGUUUCUCGGGAUUUAUAGAAGAAAUGUAAAAGUAUUUUCGAUAAAUUCCAUGGAAGCUUCUUCGUUUCGUAUGC